GUCCCAAUUUCAGUAGGUAACACAGCUGUGGGAAGAGUCAGUGCUUGUGUGGACAUACUGUGCAUAGUCCUAGAAAGAUUACUAGAGAAGAUUGAAGCCCAGAUGUAUUUUUUUUUCCCCCCUAACUCAAUUUAGAGGGCAGGAUGCUUAGCACCUAUAGGCUCCCUUCUUACCCUAAUUAGAGGCUGUUGGGAACAGAACCCCAGCAACUGUUAUCAGAUGGGAGUAUGAAGUGGCUGCCUUGAAGAAGGGCAGGUUGUCUGCUCCUCUGAUGGCUGGUGCUGGGCCUAGUUUUAACGCUGGUGUUGCAAAAUCAGAAAGGACUCAAGGGGAGAGCGUGGGAAAUGCUUUAGGAGUUGCAGUGGGGGGUUGUGAGAGGAGAAAGAGGAGGGGAAGGAAGAAGUAUCAGAAGUGGAGGUGCAAGAAGCAGCAGCAGAAGUAUCAGAAGCUGGAAGAAUGUCUGACGCUUGAGAAUAUGGUAUCAAGUUUUCGUGUUUCUGAAUUACAAGUGUUGUUGGGGUUUGCUGGACGUAAUAAAAGCGGGCGGAAACAUGACCUCCUGAUGAGGGCACUGCACUUACUGAAGAGUGGCUGCAGCCCAGCAGUUCAGAUAAAAAUCCGAGAACUCUAUAGGCGUCGGUACCCAAGGACGAUUGAAGGACUUUCGGACUUAUCGGCUAUAAAGCCCGCGGUUUUCAAUUUGGACAGUAGUUCUUCUCCUGUCGAGCCUGACCUGGCCGUUGCUGGCAUUCACCCACUCCCUUCUACUUCGGUCACGCCUCAGUCUCCUUCCUCGCCUGUCAGUUCUGUGCUCCUCCAAGACACUAAGCCCCACUUUGAGAUGCAGCAGCCAUCCCCUCCGAUUCCACCCGUUCAUCCCGAUGUUCAGCUGAAAAGCCUACCUUUUUACGAUGUGCUUGAUGUGCUCAUAAAACCUACAAGUCUAGUACAGAGCAGUAUUCAGAGGUUCCAAGAGAAGUUUUUUAUCUUUGCCUUAACACCUCAGCAGGUCAGAGAAAUCUGUAUUUCCAGGGACUUCUUGCCAGGGGGCAGGAGAGAUUACACAGUCCAAGUUCAGCUAAGGUUAUGCCUAGCAGAGACAAGCUGCCCUCAAGAAGAUAAUUACCCUAAUAGUCUGUGUAUUAAAGUAAAUGGGAAGCUGUUUCCGUUGCCGGGAUAUGCUCCACCGCCAAAAAAUGGAAUUGAACAGAAGCGACCUGGGCGCCCCUUGAAUAUAACGUCUCUAGUUAGGUUGUCGUCAGCAGUGCCAAACCAGAUUUCCAUUUCCUGGGCUUCUGAAAUUGGAAAGAAUUACUCCAUGUCUGUGUAUCUCGUUCGUCAGCUCACUUCAGCUAUGCUUUUGCAGAGGUUAAAAAUGAAAGGGAUCAGAAACCCCGAUCAUUCCAGAGCACUAAUUAAAGAAAAACUAACUGCAGAUCCUGAUAGUGAGAUUGCCACAACCAGUCUGCGGGUAUCUCUGAUGUGUCCUCUGGGAAAAAUGAGACUGACAAUCCCAUGCCGGGCUGUUACUUGCACGCACCUGCAAUGUUUUGAUGCUGCUCUUUAUCUUCAAAUGAAUGAAAAGAAGCCUACCUGGAUCUGCCCUGUCUGUGACAAAAAGGCAGCUUAUGAGAGCCUAAUAUUAGAUGGGCUCUUUAUGGAAAUCCUUAAUGAAUGUUCAGAUGUGGAUGAGAUCAAAUUCCAAGAAGAUGGCUCCUGGUGCCCCAUGAGGCCAAAGAAAGAAGCUGUGAAAGUCUCAAGUCCACAGUGCACCAAAAUAGAAAGUUCCAGUGUUGUUAGCAAACCGUGUUCUGUGACGGUGGCCAAUGAGGUAAACAAGAAGAAAGUUGACGUUAUUGACUUGACAAUAGAAAGCUCUUCUGAUGAAGAGGAAGAUCCUCCUGCCAAAAGGAAGUGCAUAUUUAUGUCUGAAACACAAGGAAGCCCAACCAAAGGGGUUCUCAUGUAUCAGCCAUCUACUGUCAGAGUGCCCAGCGUGACAACGGUCGAUGCUGCUGCUAUUCCUCCUUCAUUAACAGACUACCCAGUACCAUUCCCUCAUCCACCAAUAUCCAGUAUUUCAUCAGACUUGCCAGGUCUGGAUUUUCUUUCCCUAAUCCCAGUUGAUUCACAGCAGUACUGUCCUCCUAUGUUUUUGGAUAGUCUCACCUCAACCUUAACAAGCAGCACGCCUGGCAGCAUCAUCACAUCAACCAGUCACCACGAGAGCAGCACGCACGUUAGCUCCUCCAGCAGGGGCGAGACAGGAGUGAUAACCAGCAGCGGAGGCAGCGCUCCUGACAUCAUCUCACUGGACUGAAACAAAGGGGCAGCACGGGACGGACUCCAGGAGAAACUGCACAGAGCUGCUGCUUUUAUCUCUGGAACUUCAGCAUCUCGGAAGUUAUUCUGAUAUUUAUUGAAAGGAUUUGCUGUCUGGAAAAUGGAGUAAAUUCAUCUACGCUAGGAAGAGAAGUGAUAGGUUUUUUGUUGGUUUGUUUUGGGUUUUUUUGUUUUCCUUGCUCAUUAAAUAGCUGGUGUAGAAAAGGCCCCUGCAGAACAUGCUUUUAUGCUUUCGGCUUGUUCUGGGGAAACUGACUUUUUGUCGCUGGGUGGAUUCCACAAAUGGUUUUUAAUUUUGUUGUAAAACACAGCAAUAAUGUAAAAACAAACAAAAACUUUUUUUAAUAAAAAAGGCACUUAACCACUCUAGAACAACAACAACCUGGACAAAGGUGCGGAAGUGUAUGCAUUGGUGAAUUUUUAAUAUUUUCACUGAGGCCUGUAAUAAACUUCAUUUUAAGACAAUGAAGCUUUGUGAAAUAGCCAUGACUUGUGUUGUAUGUCUCUUGUUCCCCACUUCCCCCUCACCUGAGGAAGCCUUUGUAAAUGGGAUUGGUUGUUUUUUUUUCUCCUGAUUUCAUGUUUUUCACAAAUGCAACAAAAUCUUAAGCUUUGA